AAGUUUCGUUCGUUGUCUGAUACUAUUGUUGUUAUGUAUACUGUCUGAUGUUUUGGAUUCCGGAGGAGAAAAACCUGUAAAUUAACUUUGUAAUCAUUUAUUUGAUGGUUUCAGGAGAAUUAGUGACAUCCAGUACCGGACACUAAUGACAGCAGCAGAGAAGCUUGCCGCCGUUCCUGAUGUGGAUAUCGACCCAGAAGGAACAUUUAAGUAUGUUCUAAUACGUGUCUUUGGUCCAGAGGGUCCUGAUGGCAAAGAACCAAGCAAAUUAGUGGUGCGAGGAUACAAGCGAGCUGGUUUCCAUUCGGACGUCUACGAUGAGACGAUGGACAGGGUGAAAGGCCUCGGCGUUGAUACCGAGUGCACUGGUGGUGGCAGAAUACAGCACGAUCCCAGUGCCAAGGUCAUCAAAGUGUACGGCUACUCACAGGGGUUUGGGAAGGCAGACCACAGCAAGACUGUAGAAAUUCUGAAGACUGCAUAUCCUGAUUACAACAUUACUUGGAGUGAUGAAGGAUACUGAUCUGCUCAGGUUGUAAUAUUUGACAUUGCAUCUUUUGAAAAUGGGGCAGGAUGUUGUGCCCUGUUUCCUAUUGGAGUGUUUCUCUCUGAUCAGAAUUGGAGGCGGACAAUUCACUUGAACUUCCAUUGAUGUUGUUGAUGUCUUUGAAUCAUGUUGUUUCAUUGUGAUUAAUAAAAAAAUUAUACAAUCCAA